AUGACACACUCAAGUUCCCAGGAUUUUAAACGAUUGCCUUACAACAUAAAACCUGUGAAUUACAAUCUCUCAUUUGUGCCGAAUCUUUCGGACUUUACAUUUGAUGGGGAGGCGUCCAUCGAGUUGCAGGUCAGAAAACUGUUGAAUUAGUGCUCUCCUCGGAUCAAGACCUAUGCAGCUAAAAAAAUUUCUUAAAACGGACAACUAUAGAUGUUAAUUUUAUUUUUCCGACUUAUGGCAAAGACACCUUUGUGUCAGCUAAUCGAAUUCGGACGCACCCACUAAAGUCCAUUGAUAGGUUUCCAAAACGCCCAUUACUCACAUUUAAGUUUAAGCCGUACCAUUUCAAAACACUGAACUUUACGCAAGGCGGUCUUAUCUGUUUGUUUUUGUUCACAAAUUUUUUCGCUAUGCGCGACCCUUACUUGCAAAUGAGUUUGGCAUUUGACGCACUUGAGCACGACCCCUGCGUUAGCUUUUUAUGUGUAGUAUCUCGUUUCCAUUUUCAGAUUUUGGAACGAACCAAUUCGGUAGUACUGAACUCCAAGAACAUCGUUGUUUCGGAUGCGCAUUUCAACAAUGGUAGCGUUCGUUUAACCUUAUUUUUUGUCUCCAAGCUGACGCCGACAUUUCCUAUGAUGAAUCGCAAGAACUUGUUACAUUUACCUUUCCCAGUGCCCUGGAGGUGCGAUGACCAAGUUCUACCCUAUGUACUUUAGACUGGCAACGGCCAUCUUAACUUAAAAUUUCGAGGCCAUUUAAGUGACGACAUGCAGGGCUUUUAUAGGAGCACUUACAAAUCCCCAACUGGAGAAGAGAGCUAUAUUCUGUGUACCCAAUUUCAGGUAACGUUAUUUUCAAGUACCCUAUACAGUUUCUUCAUGACACAGUUUUACUAGGUAUUGCAUCGUCUAAUUUACAACCAGUUUAUUACUAUCACUUUCGUCAUUUAACUCUCUUGCGCAUUUUGGAGGCUCUGCCCCCCUGAGGCUUGGGCACGUCCGAUAUAUUCAGAGGACUGUAUAAUUUUUAUUCACAUUUUCAUCUAAACGUCAAGUUUUUUGGUUAAUUCGACUUCGCUUUGUAUGGCACAUCCGCUUAAUGUGCCAUUUUCUAAAAUACUUACCAGUAUGUUGGUGCUUAACCAUCACACUUCAUUUUAGACUCCGACUUCUAGUAAAUUCUUGCCGGUCAUCUAAGGUCCGUUUGGUUGUAGACUUACGUAUUCCACGGUAUAGUCUCAAAUCUCAUCCAACCACACACAGCUUUCUUUUUAUUACGUUUUCACAAUUUGAGCUAACCAGAAUCUCGUUUUUCUUUAGUCAGUUUAUGCUCGCCGGGCUUUUCCAUGUAUGGAUGAACCGGAUCGAAAGGCUACAUUUGAUAUCAGCCUUGUUGCAAUGGACAACGAAACCGCAUUGUCGAAUAUGGUAUCUAGACUUUUGCCGUUUCCAUGCCUACGAUCUUCAGCAGCUACUCUAAUUUAGAGUCAUUGUUUUGCUAGCCAACACCUGGAAUGCUCUAUGUCCUAGCUUCUUCCAGAAAGUAGUUCAUAUAUUUGAAUUUUCCAUGGGGGAGAAUUGAGCAUAUCUCGCUAUUCUCACAUAUGAGUUGUUUUUCAGUCUCCGUACUAGCUUGCGCAAGCUUUUCCACCCACACUUAUUUAGCCUGAAGUGUCGAGAACAAUAAUUCCUCCGCCCACUGGCCGCCCUGAGCCUGCAGAUGGUCACAAUUACGUCAAAAUACAAUUUGACAGAUCGCCCUACAUGUCAACAUAUCUGGUGGCAAUGGUCGUUGGAAAUUUCGAUUAUGUUUCCGCUAAGGACGCUCAUGGAGUUGAUAUUCGCGUCUUUACGCCCCCGGGGAAAAAGGCGUGCGGAGAAUAUGCUCUUGAAGUUAGCGUGAAAACGUUACCUUUCUAUGCUAGCCUUUUUGGCCACAAAUUUCCUCUGCCCAAAUGUGACCUCAUCGCAAUCCCCGACUUCGCUUGUAGUGCAAUGGAGAACUGGGGUCUUAUAACAUACAGGUAAGUUCGAUUUGACACUUUACUAUCAGGCCAACGGUUCUAUGCUUUAAUCUCUGUUUUGGCUUCAGUAUUUAUAGCCAUAAAAUCAGGUGCAAUAGCAUGUUUGAUUUGCCAAAUUUAAAAUUUUGCUUUAGUCUUAAAAUUGAUUUCAAUCGAACGGAUGCAGUUUCCGUAGACGAAUUCAUUCCAAGCGUAGAAACCAGACAUCAUUGCGAACUGCUGCUGUAUUUAUUUACUACGUUUUUAGUACUUAUUUUUCCCUCUAUGCUGGUAUAUGAACAGACGAAAAAAACCUUUGCCAGAGGACCGCCUUCUUCUAACUCAUCUCCACCGGCACAUUUUUGGUCAGUUCUGUCUGUUGCUACGUGUUGUUUGUACAACACAGCGAAACGCUGCCUGUUAGUGACUAUUUGAGUGUGUUUUCUGGCUAGUUUAGGCGUCGACUUUAUUGGAAAUUUUCCGCAUUUAGCCCACCAAAACUCGAAAGCCAUAUUUCACUUGUUAUCAUACCCGCUUCAACGGAAUCGACGCUAUAGGGCGCCGCCAUCAUGAACUCAUAGGCAUACACAUGGCCUAGGCGGUUUAAACUGUUGAUCACCACACUACUGGAAGUCCAGUCAGGCCAAUGAAAAAAGUUCGGAAAGCUUGUGCACUUAAUCAUAAUAAAUGAUGCUGCGAAAAUUUCCCCCUGUAAUAUUUUGUUGGCAGUCAUGCACGUUUUAACCAAUUCACCCCAACCUUUUUUGCAGAGAAACGGCAUUGCUUAUCGACCAUGAGCACACGUCCCUGA